AUGACCCCCUACCCCUACCUACCCUCAUAUGCUUUUGAAACUGAAAAUGGUAUAUACGCAGAAGAAAAUGGUGUGGCUACAAAUGGUGUUGAAGCGCAAGGCAGUUAUUCCUACACUGGUGAUGAUGGACAAGUAUACAGUGUCAGAUAUACAGCUGGUCAGAACGGUUUUGUGCCGGAAGGUGACCACCUCCCUACGCCUCCCCCUAUUCCAGAGGAGAUUUUAUUGGCUCUAGAACAAAACGCCCGUGAUGAAGCUGCAGGAAUUUACGAUGAUGGGUCCUACGAUGAAUACAAGUAUUCUAAUGGAGACAACAGAUACGAGACCCCGAUUUUUGGCGAUAGUAAUGCAAAUGGAAAGAAUGUCAACAAAAUAAAUGAUGAUGACUCCGUUGUUAUUAAUACUGCUUUUAACUCUGAAGUAUUCCGUCAGCAAGGAACCGGAGUAAGAAAUGCAAAUAACCUAAGAAAUCAAAUUCACCCAAUCGAUAAUGGUGUGACUAAAGCCUAUUUGCCACCUACCUUCGAACAGAGGACUUCAGGAAACCAAAAUGGAGGAGCCCGUUUCGGUAACCGAAAUCGCCAGUCAAGCUUCACGCCUAGAAACGGUUACAACUAUUAG